AUGGAUGUAUUGUUGGACCAUGUUGUCGACGUCGUGGCAUCAUCAUUGUUGGCGUCAUCAGCCAUCGGCAUCGGGAGUUGCCCUCGGGGCAGUCAGGGCGCGUCAGACGAAGAAGGGAAUCGACAUGCCGCCGUUGACGUCGAGCAGGAAGGUAGUGUGCCAAAAAUAGAGCAGGUAGGUGUGAGAACAGGGACGCAAGAUACGCAACAGAACAGCCUCGAACGCACCGAAGAUGAUCACUGCUACGUCCACAGAAUACAACACUCCCAGCUCAUAUGCCUUCUUGAACAGCCCAUUCUUUCGCUGCACGCCAUGGGUAAUUUCGACGCGCCAGCCAAGAACAUGCAACAGACAGACCGUGCAGCACAGCACACAGAGUGGUUACUGACAGCGGACAGCCGACAACAAGGGAGACAUAAAAAUAAAUAUGCGUUAGCCUCCGUCGAAAUAAUUAUAGCGAGCACACAGUAG